AUAUUACCAUGUACAAUAUUGAUACCUGGCCUAUUUUUCAUACCAGAGUCUCCUCGACGUCUGGCAAAAAUGGGAAUGAUGGAAGAUUUUGAAUCCUCUCUGCAAGUUUUGCACAGCUUUGAUACAGAUAUUUCUGUUGAAGUCAAUGAAAUUAAGAGAUCUGUGGCAUCAUCAAGCAAGAGAGCAACAAUUCGUUUUACAGAUCUCAAGCGCAAAAGAUAUUAGUAUCCUUU